AUGCGCCAUCAAGAAAUAGAAAACAGCAUCAUUCCCAACUGCUCUCCUACGAGAGGUCUAAAUUUCAUAUUCCGUCGCGCCCUCGGGCACAAAUCCCUCCAGUCCGGAGAACCCAACCCACGGGGUCGGCGAGGACAUCUGCUGCUCCAAGAUAUCGUCGAUCAGGGAGUGGAUAACCCUAAAAUACACGUUCUUGCGCGGCUUGUCCCACAAGUUCACCCCCGGCGCGUGCGCAAGCCGUUGGUGUGCGAUGAACGCAUCCCCGCGGUGUAG